UUUCCCUUUUUCCUUGUUUCUUGGCCACGAAGAUUAGGACCUAAAUACACUUAUUUAAGCUUAUUCACUAAUAAUUGAUUUACGUACAGAGCAACGUUUCCAAAAAUUUCAGAAUCAUGGCAACUUAUUUAUCUGAUUCUGAUAAUGAUUUUGCACCAACAUCAAAACUUUUAGGCCGCCAAAGGCCUAUUCAUUCCGUUUUAGGAGGAGGAAGAGUUGCGGACAUAUUGUUAUGGAGAGACAAGAAAUUUUCAGCAGCAAUUCUUAUUGCAGUUGCAGCAAUAUGGUUUCUUUUUGAGGUUGUGGAUUAUACCAUUGUGACUAUGCUUUGUCAUGUCUCUAUCACCACUAUGUUAAUACUCUUCAUCUGGUCUGCUGGCGCAGAUAUUUUUGGCUGGACACCUCCAAGUAUCCCCAAAGACAUAUUACAGGAUACUAAUUUCGAACAUGUUGCUUCAAUAUUACACAAGAAGUUCAACAAUUUCCUCUCCAUAUGUCACUUUGUAGCAUGUGGAAAUGAUGCAAAGUCAUUCUUUUUGGCCAUCAUUUCUCUCUAUAUAUUAUCAGUGAUUGGAAACUGUAUCAGCACCUUGAACCUUUUGUUCUUUGGUUUGUUGUGUGUGGAAACUCUCCCAUUUCUUUACGAGAGAUACGAGGAAGAAGUCGACAAUGUUGCAUAUAAAAUGAAGAGACAAAUCAGAAAAACUUGCAGGAAGUUCAAUGCAGAUUUUCUAGGCAAAAUUCCCAGAGGACCAGCCAAAGAGAAAAAGGGGAAAUAGGAUGGAAGUACAAAAUUUGGAAGUGGACUAAUGUUGUUUUCUUGGAUAUCCAAAAUAAUGUAAUUUACAAUUUGGUCAAUGUACAGGAUAUUAAGUAGUAAUUCAAUAGUACACCCUGUGAAAUGUGUUUGCAGAACUAGUCAAAAUUCCAAUGAUG